GUUGACAACAACUAUAAUCGCGUGCGAGAUAUAAUCCAUCUAUCUCACCUGCUGCUUGCAUCCUCUCUUCUUCGUCCACCGUCGUCAAGCUGCUAAACGAUGGCUAUGGCGGCGUCUAUCCUCCAAGCUUCUUCGCUUUCGGUGAAUAUCAACAAAAACGUGCGGAUUCGCAGCUCAGGGAUGGUCGGAGGAAUCGAAAGGCAACAUAGAGUCUCCUCGUUAAGUGCUGUGGGGAUGGGAUUGGACAGUCGAAAGCGAUCUCUUUUGAUAUGCAACUCCGCCGCUAACGCGAAGUGCAGUGAAAGUCAAGGUCAAACACAGACCGUUACUCGGGAGUCUCCGACAAUAACACAAGCUCCUGUCCACUCUAAGGAGAAAUCACCAAGCCUGGAUGAUGGAGGAGACGGGUUCCCACCGCGAGAUGAUGGAGAUGGAGGUGGAGGAGGAGGGGGUGGUGGCAACUGGUCUGGUGGCUUCUUCUUCUUUGGUUUUCUCGCUUUCUUGGGUUUAUUGAAGGAUAAAGAGGGAGAGGAGGAUUAUCGAGGGAGCAGAAGACGAUGAUCAUUGAUGUGUAUGCUUCAUUGGAUUAGUGUUCUUUUUGCUGCAUACGACUUAAGAAUCACAUUUGCUUAUCUUAGAUCUGAAACAUACAUGGUCUCGUUUUGUAUCUGUUUCGUUGAGAGGUUUACUGCAUAUGAUAUUGAUAUGUAUUGUAUGUCUCUUGUACCCAAGAGAUGGUCCAUAUUUAAGCUUUUUUAAACUUAU